ACUGUUACCCGCACAAGGAGAAAAGACAAUGCCCUGUUUGGAUGCCCGAAAUUCUCGUUUAGGGGAAAACCACCUCUUUACUGUAACGAAAGUAGGACAAUUCUAUAGCACCAGUUCCUUCAGAGGUAUAAUACUGCUGUAACUUGUCCACAUUGUAUUUCUACUCAAUCAAAUAGAUGGCUGGGAGUGGGAGGUCUACUCGUUCCAAAACACAGCAAUCUAUGCAGCAGCGGGAAUCCCAGUGUAGAGCAAAGUGGACCACAUCUCUUACCAAGACAAUGCUGGAGGUAAUGGUCGACCAAGUUCAUGAAGGGCAUAUGCAAAACAAGUCUUUUAGUAAGAAAGGAUGGAAAUGCAUUUGUGAUGAAUUCCAUAAAAGAACCGAUCUUACAUGGGAGAGGGAGCAAUUAAAGUAUCGAUAUGCUGCACUAAGAAAGCAGUUUGCUACUAUGAAGUUGCUACUUGAUCAUAGUGCUUUCAAAUGGGAGGAAAUUACAGGUUUAGUAACAGCAACAGAUGAAGCUUGGGACAAGUAUAUCAAGGAUAAUCCAGAUGCAGAGACCAUAAGGAGCACAGGCUGCCCAUUUUACAAGGAGCUGAGCGUGAUAUUUGCGGAUUCUGGAAGUAAAGGGACGUAUAAUGGAUCUACUAGACACAAGGACUGUCUCCCCGGUUCAACACUGUCUCAGGAAGAGUUGUCAUAUUCAGAGUCUGAAGAAGUUCCCGAUUCCAAUGAGCAAGAAAUUCUUCAGUCUGUGAGCUCACCUACUGAUAUAGUAUGUCGAAAGAGAGGGCGUAAGGGGGUUGAUGGUGCUAUUGCAAAAGCUAUAUCUGAGAUGGCUGCUGCUUCAAGACUUAGAGCAUCUGCUAUGAACAAGUGCAAUGAAAAUUUCAGCAUAACCGACUGUAUUAGAGCUUUGGAUGAAUUGGAAGGUGUCGAUGAGCAAGUGUAUUAUGCUGGUUUGGAUCUCUUCUACAAUCGUGCAGCUAGGGAGUUAUUCUUAUCUCUCAAAGUUGAGAAGCGGCUGACAUGGUUGGUUGGCAAAUUGUCCCGGUCCUCCCUAAGUUAAAAAGGAUAAGUCCGACUAAUCUUGUUAUAUAUUCAAGUAGCAAUAUCCUAUCUCAAGUGAGUCAUUUAUUAUUGGGUUUUACAAAGGUGGAAGCUUCAUGUAUAGACCACAUCUCUCUAUCUCUUUCUUCUUUUUUGACAACUAGGAGUAAGACUAGAUUUCAGAAUUUGGAUAAAAUUUAGUGAGAGAGUUGAAACUUGCUAUAGGAGGAAGCAUUUUGUUAAAAAACUAAGCCCACUCAUCAUGCAUUUAGAUGCAUAUUGUUUCUAUUCAUCCUAAGGCAGGACUUGCUGUUGGAGUUGCCAUUGCAGCAACAGUUGUGA